GCGCGCGCUCGCCGCUUCACCAUCGAAGCGAACGCAGAGCAGAGUCAAGAUGAUCCCGUGCAGUCCAGAGCAGGCGCCCAGCAACGAAACCGUGGAUUCAACUGCCCUGUGCAGUGGCUACACGAAUGCUGAGCAUGUGUCCGUGCUGGCGUUCAUGUGCCCGGGGCCAGACGACUCGAGCUCAGCGACCUACUGUUGCGGCUUUGCUGACCUCAAAUACUGCUGUGAAGAGCCGGAUCACUUCUUCCCUUACUCACACAGCUACAUGUGGGCCCUGAGCGUGGGAGCGCUGGUCGGACUUGGCUUCGCGGCGCUCGUCUUCCUGGCGUUCGUCGGUGAGCGUCUGCGUGCUGGGCUACCUCUUCCUGUGCACCAAACCCCGCGGGCGCCUCGAGUCCGGCCUGCAGCUCCAGCCGCAACACGGCAAGCGUCCUGCGGCACUGCUGGCGGGGCACGAAGGAGAAGCGGCGCGCCAACCCGGAGCUGGGGAACUUCAGCGCGUUUAGCGGCGGCGCGGCGAGCACGAGCCACGCCAAGUCCCACGGGAUCCUCUUCGUCUCCGAGGUUCUCAAGUCGGACACCACGACCACCAAGAUGGAGAUGGUGCAGGAGGAGGCGGCCGUCAUUCCGCUGGGGGCCGUGACCGUCCCCUCCCCGGCCCACCGCUGCACGGCAAGAAAGUGACCCCCAAUCCGCGUGCGGCUGCGCUCGUCUCUCUCUGCGUUCCUAUUCGUUCGCCGGUCUUCACGCCGCUAGCUGCCGUAUUUUCUCUCUCUCUCAUACCCACUUUUCCACUGGCACAUGUGAGCUGCGCCAGCCGCGGGGCUCUCGCAGUACUGGGUGGUUUUCCAGGAAAUUUUUGGCGAGACCGAGCUAGAACCAAAACGUCGAAACGCUGGACUCGCAAGGCUAUAUUGAGUCUGACUUGGGACAGGGUUAUUGAUUUCCUUCGUGCAUCGUGUCAUGUGCACGCCGUGCGGCUGAUGUCGUCACAUGUCCGUUGUGUGUGAUGCCAGUGGCACGGCUCUGAUUCUGCAGUUCAAAACCAACCUGGCUGCCUUGGUGCGGGCUCUGCGUGGGCCUAUUGUACGAUCGAAAAUAGGUUCCUUUUUCAGUUGUUGUUCUGCAACAAUGUUCCCCUGGGUAGCUUAUUUUUGUAAUUUUCGAUAAUGGUUUUCAGCAGCAUUUCGUUUUCGUGUAGCUAAGAGAUGCACAAACUUAAGGCGCAUGGGUUCAAAUAUAGUUUCGUUGCUUGGUUUUGUGACGGGGGCAGAACCGAUGACCCAGGAAUUGGUCCAUCACACAGAGGACAUUGGCAACCAUUAACAUGUCAACUGAUGCUGCAUCUAAUUUCUGUAAUUUAUUUUUAUUACCAUAAUUUUCUGAUGCAAACUGUCCAUUUUGCUGUGAGCAUUGGCAGAGUUUGGGCGAAUUUAAAUGCCUUUCAGAAAAGUAUAAACAUUAAUUACAGCUGGAUAUUUAAUGACCACCCUAAUUUAUUGACAAAUUGCAGUCAUUAAUUUGGAAGACAAUGCCUUGCAUAAAGUCUGCCACUGAAUAGAGCACUGACUCGACACACUUUAAACGUUCACCAAACGAAAACGAAAAUACCGUUUUGCUAACUGAAUUGAGUUUGCAGAGCCACAGUCAUUGUUGAAAACAUUAGCAGAUUAUUCUUCAAGCUGGACAAUUUAGCGUUUUGUCAUAGACAAAAUUGUGAUAUUUUUUACAAAGAAUAAAAACACACAUGUGGUCUAUACUAUGGGAACCUCAUUUGCCAGUAAAAAUAUGAUAAUUGGUUCUUUACCCUUCUAUCUGGCAACAAAACUGACACCUUUUUACAAGGAGUCAUGUUUGCAUAGACCGCAAUACCUGCAGUCAUAAAUACAAACAUAGUGUAGAUGUUUGCCCCGAGCUCUCAUACUCUGAUGGUGCAUUGUCUUUGAGUUGUGCGCCUUUUGGCGUCUUCUGGUCCAACCCAUGUGAGACUAGGCUCUAAGGAAAGCUGUCUCGGGUGUGGACCAAUCAACUUCAAGGACAGUGCUCAUUAUCAGAGUUAUGUCUUUUGUUUGUAUUUAUGACUGCAGGUAUUGCGGUCUAUGCAAACAUGACUCCUUGUAAAAAGGUGUCAGUUUUGUUGCCAGAUAGAUGGGUAAAGAACCAAUUAUCAUGUGGUCUAUAUUUUUAUUUUGUACUCCCGUAACAUUUGGCGGCACAACAUUUUUUCGUACGAUAAUGAUGACAGUAAAUCCAGAAUAAUAACCCAAAGCAAUUAUCUCAGUUCACAUUGAAAUUAUUGCACGCAGUCGUGAACAUGGAAUAAGCACACAAGUGCCCUGUUCGAGCAAAGUUGAACAGCUCAUUUAUAUGCUACGGUUUAUCCCAUAUUGAAGGCAUUCGGGAGUGAUUUUCUGUAAGAUAUUUCGCAACCUUGUAACCUUGCGAGCUUCUGCGGGCUUUAUUUUAUCCGACGGUUAGGGUGCUGAGGGGGGAAAUGCCCAUACAUUUCAAUUAACUUAUGCACUGUGUGUGUGAAGGGACACCUUUUAAAAAAAUACCCAUACAAAUGUACCAAUCUUUGAACUGUACUCAAACCCCAUAUGCUGCAGUGUCUAGAGCAGUGGUUCUUAACCUUCACUGCAGCCUUGCACCCCUUUGGAUAUCCAUCGUUGAAAAUGUUAUAACGCUAAUAAAUACAUGGGUUUGAUUAACAAAGUAGUUGUACUAUGUGUACUUAUGUGGCCGUGCUUAAUUUGUUUUUCGAAAAUCUGCCACGUCUCGCACCCCCAGAAGGGGCAUUUGGCACACCCAGGGGGUGUGGGUACCCCCCUCCAGGUUAAGGACCACUGGUCGAGAGAGACCCUUUGUAGAUUGUUUUUUUUUAAGAGCACUCUGUAUUCUCUGUGUUUAGAAACACAAACAUGCAAACAACUAUCUGUUGGUGAUCGACACAAACAAUCUAUGUCAUUCCAUUUGUGGGCAAAAAUGUGGCUUGGACCAUUUGAUUAAUAAUAAUUUGGAUUUUCCAAGUGGUCUGUGUGUUGGAAAGUUUUGGCCUAAUUAAUGGCGUGUUGUAUUUGCUAAAUAUUCUAGCAUUACAAGUAGUGUACCAAUUUAAAAACAGUUCGUCGUGUGUUUGCUCAGUAUGUCAAUAUUUUAUUGGAUAAAUGUUUGCAAUUAAUUAGUGGAUAAUUUUUAAAUAUUCCAGUGACAAAUUGUCAUUAAUGUUAAUCCAAUCUUGCACUUAAAACGUAUUAGUUAUAUGAUAAAGGACACACUGGGCUUUAUAUUUUUUAAAACUAAAUUAUGUUUUCUCUCCCUUAACGCUCUGUAAUAUCCCCUUUACACCUAAAGUUGUGCUUUGCAGUAUUUUUACCUGUAGAUACAAUAAUUGUAUUUCUUCUGGAAAAGGAAAUAAAACG